AACUCACAACAUCGACAACGACCAUCCACGAUGACCCUCGCCCUAGCCCGCCCCCACGUCAUCAUCGUCGGUGCCGGCCUCGCUGGACCCGCCCUCGCUUCGGCUCUCGCAGGCCGAGGAAUCCGCUCGACCGUCCUCGAACGACACCCUAAACCCCAGAACAUCGGCGGUGUCAUCCUCGUCGCCCCCAACGCCAUGCGCGUCCUCGAUAAGCAGGUCGGCAUCGAACCUCGUCUUCGAGCGGCUGGCUGUACGUACGACGCCAUCGACAUCUACACCGAAGGCUCUGGCUCGCUCAAUCGGGUCGGGGGGUUCAUGACGUCGAACGGGAACGUCCGCGGGUUGACCAUCGCCCGGCCCGUCCUUCAAAACCUGUUGCUGGAUCGAUGUCAGGAAUACGACGAUGGAAGGAUUACGAUCAGGUAUUCGAGUAGACUCGCUCGGAUUCAGGAAGACAAGGACGCCGUGACUGCCGUUCUCGAGGACGGUACCGAGAUCAAAGGUGACAUCCUUAUCGGCGCCGACGGUAUCGGGUCUCUUGUCCGCCAACACAUCCUCGGCGAAACCCCUGUCCAACCAAAGUACAGCGGCGCCGUCUCCCUCGGUAGCGUUCUUCGCCGAGACCAAGUCCAACUCCCAGCUACAAUGCAGCUCCCCGCCUUCUUCUACACUCGUUCCGGUACGAUCCUCCUCUUUGCCAUGGACGACGACACCAUCCAAUGGGCUACCACCAGCCCCGUCCCAGACCGAGAUCGGCACACCUGGCAGACCUACCGAGAAUCCGGCCAAGCCAUCGCUCAGCUCCAAGCCGACUGGGGUCACGUUACCAUCGAGCCGAUCGCCAGCCUGGUCCGUAAUACCAACAACGACAACAUCCGUUUAUGGGCGCCUUACGAGAUGCCUGUUCUCCCUCGUUGGCAUACCGCCCGGACCUGCGUUUUGGGAGACGCUGCGCACGCGAUCCCUCCUUCGAUGGGUCAAGGCGCAGCCCAGGCCUUUGAAGACGUCGGCGUGAUGUCCCGUCUCUUGUCCGAAUACAAAUCCACCUCGACCUCAACUUCAACUUCGUUCGAAUCCACUUUCGCCCAAUUCGAAGCCCUCCGUCGGCCCCGUGUCGAUAUGAUCCGCAAGAUGACCGCCAAAGCCGAGUCCAGCCGAGGAGCCACGUCGAGCAAUCUCGGGUGGUACGUCAAGAACACGGUGAUCCGGGGCGCGUUCAUGAUGUUCGGCAAAGGCAAAGAGUGUUAUAUGAACGGCGGGGAGGUGACUGGUUAUGAUGCCAACGCGAUCGACGUUCAGGUCUAGGUGCGAUGCUAGUACGAUACGAUAUCUUUGAGUUCGGUUUUGUAUCAUAUUACCCUUAUAAUUGCCCAGAGUCCUAUUCAAGCGAUGUUGUACAGAA